UGGAACUUGCUGGUGUGUUAAGUUUGAUACAAGCUAGAGUAACAACUAAUUUUAGUUGUGACUUUCGUUCAGGCCUAUGUGAAGUCACUAUCUGCAUUUACUUGGGUUUGUUUUGUACAGCAUUUGCUAUGAAGUUGACCUCCUUUGUUAUGGUUAAAAGGAUCCUGUCAGCCUUAGCUAAAAAGUCACAUGAUUUUUAGAGCCAGAUGCAGCUGUGCCUCCAACCCCAAUCCACUUCACAAGUUUGACUUUGGACAUGUUAAUGGGUACAUACUGUCUCUGGUCUUUAGGGAGCCAACUAUUCAGAAAAUGUCCACCUACCACCAUGCCUUGUUGUCCUACUAUGCAAAGAUGCAAUAAAGAAAGAGGGUGUGGCUCAGGCGUUGUCUGAACAUGGUUGUCUUUGUUCAAGCGGCGUUACAUAGGGAUCCCUGAGUUUGUUCUGAAGCAUUUCUCAUCAUUGAUCUCCUGGGUUGUUUAUUCAGGUGGGCCUGGAUGUUGAAGCUGGUUUUGUCAAGUCGCCCCUGUCCCAGAUGAAACUGAUAGAGGACAUUGCAGAGCUGCACUGUGAGGUGACAGGGAACCCCAUUCCAGAGGUGCAGUGGUGGUUCAUAGAGGGCGAGGAGCCCGACGAGACCAUGACCCAGCUGUUCGAUGGGGCUCGGCGAGACCGUGUCGAGAUCAACGCCACCUACAUCCUGCACGCCACCAGCUCCAUUCAUCUCUUAAACCUCACGCUCGAUGACUCCGGCACGUACGAGUGCCGCGCUUCCAACGACCCCGACCGCAACGAGCUGAAGAAGGCACCCAAAAUCAAGUGGAUCCGCUCACAGGCUAACGUUAUAGUGUUUGAAUGUGAGUGUUGGGAGGCCCGACGUACAGCCAGGCAGCGUCUCCCUGUAGAGGACAGCGAGGGGUCCAGCUCCUGUCCCACACCUUCUCCUGCCCUCUCCCCUGUUUCACCCAGACUCCCCUACUCUCCCCUCACUGAGCUCCCAUGAUGUCCAGUAGUGGAGAGCCAACCUGACCACAAGGCAUGGCCGGGCCUCUCCUUAGACGUAUCCUACCUGCCGUAGCACUACCCUCAAUCUGAUGCCUUCUUUUUGCUGGGCCUAUGUCAAAUCCUUAUUUUAAAUGAAUUAGGAAAAUAUUUCACAUAAUACUGGUCAUAAGGUCUGAAACCUGCAAAUGGAUACAUCUAAUUUUUUUAUCAUAAAAUCAUUUUGUUUUUAAAAGGGUCAGAUUAUGGGUUGGUCAGCUUCUUGUUGGCUUCCAUUUGGUCUAUUUUGCUGUCUUGUCCAAGGUAUAGAAUGUGUAAUUGAUACUAACAUAUUGACACUGUCCUGUGGUGUUUACACUCUUUAGACCUGUUAGGCCUGACUAGGCUCUUUAGGAGUACUAGGCUCUUUAGGAGUACUAAAUCUAUCUAUAGGAGACAGCAACCCAGCUUUCUGAUUCUUAGCAAUAGGGCAUCUUUCCAGUAUUUGUUUUCUCUACCUGAAUCAAACCAAAAUAUCCUCUUUGUUCCUCUUCUCUGUUAGUGGAACACCAACCUACCAUACCUUGCCGGUUGCUUCUUCUGCAUGUGUUGAAUACAAGCUCCUCUCCUCAUGGUCUCCUAGAUUAAUUUCCUUGUGUGUAACCCCUCUUCUCUUGAACUCUUGGUUCAGCCCGAGCUCUCCAUUUUUAGGCGCCUGCCCAUGUGAUCCGCCUCUUCUUGGAAGAGGUGCUGCCUUUUUAUAUUGUGCUGUUCUUGGCUUGAAAUUUGAUUUUGAAAGUAAUAACAUUUGACAAGCUAAGCUAGACCAUAUCAGUUGUCACUAUGAAGUUUAGGCUAAAGGAUAGUAAAGCAAUGUCAAGCACUGAACAGUCAAGGUUUGUGCUGCAACAUGUUGGUAUCAAGAGAGCCAUUUAUCCUGUAAACCCAAUACAUUACGUACCUUUUAAAUUUGGAUUAAAUCCACUACUUGGAUAUAAAAUAUUAUUUUAGUGUCUUUAGUUACCCUAAAGCAUUUUAGCAAUAUCCUGUACGUGAAAAGAUAUGCAAGAAUUAGUUACACUUGGCUUGUAGUCGUGGUAACGUUACUACGGUAAUGAUUGUACUAGAAGUGGUCAUGUCAAAGGAUGGCUUAUUAAUAUGUUGACUUUGU